AUGGUGGACAGGAAGCUCUGCAACCUUGCAACGGACAAGAAACACCAAGCCGACCGCCACAAGCCUUCUCGGUUUGAAGGCAUGUCUGGACAACUGCCAGACGCAGGGCUUGCCAUCUCACCCUUGGUGCCUGCAUGGUCCUGGCUGCGCAAGAAAUGGCGAUCUGCUCUUCAAAAGCUCUUUCUGGCUCUCGCUGCAGCAGGCCUCUCCAUGCUGGUGUACCAGCGGCUCAGGCGGGCGAUCCGUAUGAGCAGGCUUGUCGACGAACAGCUCGAGAGGUGGACGAAGAAGGGGCCGGCCAAAGAGCCAGUGGUGGAAUGUGAGGUUCCCGUCGAGCAUGGCGCGACAGGGCAGGAUGUCGAUCUGGAUGUUGUGGAGGUCCCUGUGGGCCUUGCCUUUGAGUGCGAGCGAAUCAGGCAGCAGCUACGCCAAAAGUUCGGCUGCGAGUCUGAUGCGGAGAUGGUCGAGGCGCUUCUGGGCCACUUCAAGGAGUGUGAGGGCAUGGUCCCCGAGGAGGAGGCUUUGCUGCAGCUGCCUUGGAUAGACGUUGCUGCUCUGGCGCAACUCACGUAUUGGUACGACCGGCGGCCCCGGGAAACCGAGGAGGUUCAGGACGUUCCAAAGGAGGAGCGAAACCGUGAUGCCAAGUACGGACGGUGGACGAAGAAGAUCGGCCGAGAGAAGGUGAUCUACUCUUCUGUCGGACUCAAAUCACGGGUCCGCACCCGGGGACACCUCGGCGCGAAGGUGUUUCGACGACCGGCCGGUGUAGACGUCACGCGGCUAUCGACUCUCCAGCGUGCGGCAUCUCUGUGCGGUCACGAGCCGCUCCUGUCUCUUGUAGAGUCCACCAUGGACAGCCUGCGGCCGAAGAACGUCGCUCGAAUCGCUUGGUCCGAGGUGGAAAGGCAUAACUCCAAGGAUGACCUGUGGCUGCUCAUUGAUGGGAAGGUCUACGAUGUGACAUCCUUCCUUUCGCUGCAUCCCGGCGGUGGUCAGCUGGUCGUCGAUGCUGCAGCGCAGGAUGCCACCUCCUUGUUCGAGAGGACGCACGGCGAGGGGUUGAGAUGUCUAAGUGAUGACAUCGCUUCAGUUCACAUGGCCCAAGGGAAGGGCAGUUCCUGUCUUCGAUCUUCGCUCUUGGGCGUGUUUGCCUACGUCCUGGGGGUGUUGACUGUUUUUUGCUUUGAUGCCACCCGCGUCUCGCGACGGGAAGGAGAAGGAAGCGUGGAGCCCUUCGAGACCUCAACCACCCAGGCCCUUCGGACCAGCGACGUGUCGGAACAUGGGUCGGAGUUCAGGCCAGGAUCGGAAGCAGAACCGCGAACCACGACAGGCACACCAGUGCUCACUACUGCGACGGCAGGCACCAAGGACAACGAGGACCCACUCCCGUCUCCGGAACUGCUCAAAUCUGCACUGCGCGUGCGACACCCUGGGCCUCACGGACUCAAGUUUAUCCACAUCAGCAAAACAGGUGGGACCUCCAUUGAGCAGUUGGGCAUCAACUUGCCUGAGCAGUUGCGCUGGGGCGCAUGGGACCGUGAAGAGUACGGCUACCAGCACGGGGCGUUCCGGUUCUUUCCGGCGACAAAGCGUGAAAAGUAUGAUUG